CUGGUUUUCCACUUCCAGACACUGUUGGACAACUUCGAGAGGACAGUCAUUGAUGACAGCCGACUAGCUGGCAGACCGGCAGAGAUCUUUGUCGGAAAGAUGUUUAAGAUGGAAGUCUGGGAGACCCUGUUGACGUCCAUGCGUGUUGGAGAGGUGGCUGAGUUCUGGUGUGAUGCCAUUCACACAGGCUUGUACCCCAUUGUGUCCAAGGGAAUGAGGCUGAUCGCUCAAGGGAAAGACCCUCUAGAGGGUCAGAGACACAUGUGCGGAAUGGGAAACCUGUUCCACUAUCACUCCACGGGUUUCCCGGAGCUGGAUGAGCUGAUGCGGACUCCUCAGCCGCUUAUAUUUAUUAUGGAGCUGCUGCAGGUAGGAGACCCCAUGUCCUACCAGAGAGAGUCGUGGAUGAUGGAAAAGGAUGAAAAGCUGCAGACGGUGCCAGUUCUCCACAUGCAGGGCAAUGCUCUGGUCCAACAGAAGAAAUACAGAGAUGCUGCCAGCAAGUACAAAGAAGCUGUCCUGCUGCUAAAAACUGUCCAGUCUAGGGUGAGUGAAGAGCGGUUGGAAGAAAGGUGGGAU